AUGUCUUCAAAUAUACCUACACGGCGGGUGACCCGAGCGACCCGGGCUGUUGCCGUACUCAAGGAUAAGGAGAAUGCCACAGCUCGUAAUCUAAGGGCUACUACCGCUCGCACAAAACCAUCGAGCUCCGCGGCAGCAGGUGCAAGUGCGGAUGUGAAGCCGACAGGAAUCGCUCGGGCCACCGCGUCGACCGCAGCCACGAGAGCGAAGGCGGUGACCGCGGUCAAGGCAGAUCCCGCUGUGCAGGCCAAGCGGAAACGGGAAGCUCUCGGGGAAGUUGCCAAGCCGUCAGAAAACAAAGUGAAGCCGGUCAAUGCGGGGCCGGGGCCAGCAGGCGUCAAGGGCAAGGAGAGGGUGAAGGAGCUGAAGGAGAAGUUCGAGGGCGUCGUGCUCAAGAAGACGACGACGACGGCUACGGUGCGGCAGCCUUUACGAACGGUGGUGGGCAAAACGACGACGACGACGACGACGAACACGACUCGCAGGACGAGGAGCGCGACCACAGCGGAGCAGCAGCAGCAGCACGAACAAGAGCAAGAACAUCAGCUGCAGCUGCAUCGCGAGAAACUACAGCGCGAGCGGCAGCACCGCGCACAAGCGCUACGCGAACGGGAGCAACGCGAACAGGAACUGCGCGAACAAGAGCAGCGCGAGCAGGAGGAGCUCGAGCGGUUGCGGCGCGAGCGGCUGCGGUUGCAACGGGAGAACGAGGAAUUGCAGCGACAGCACGAGCUGAUGCAGCGGCAGCAACAGCGGCGGUCGCAGCUGCCACCUCCGCCCCAUCGCCGCUACCGCCAGCUGGAGCGAGUGCAGGAGAACGUCGAACCCAUGCCUGAGCAGGAGAAUGAGGCGAUGGCCGUGGAUCCGGUUAUGCCUGUGCCUUCGCCUCGCAGGUUCGUCGCGGCGCGUGCGUCAGCAGCGGCGAGGCCUCCUCCACCCUCUGCCCGUGCUCAACAGAGGCGGCCGCUGUGGCGGCGGCAGGCAGAGGAGGACGAGGAUGAGGAAGCUGGGCGUGUAUUCAAGAAGCGGCGCACGUCGUCUGACGCACCUGAGGAGGCUGCGCUGCACGCGUUGGAGGUGGAAGAGGCGGUGCGAUUCGUGAGCGAGCCCGAGGCUGACCCGAACGGGAAGGAAUGGAAGGACUUGGAUGCGGAAGACGAGGACGACCCUCUGAUGGUGAGUGAGUACGUGGCGGAGAUCUUCGAGUACCUCAAGCAGGUCGAGCAAACUACGAUGCCGAAUCCAAAUUACAUGGAGAACCAGAAAGAUCUCGCGUGGAAGAUGCGCGGGAUUCUAACUGAUUGGUUGAUCCAGGUGCAUGCACGGUUCAAGUUGCUGCCUGAGACGCUCUUCCUCUGUGUAAACAUCAUCGACCGUUUCCUUUCUGCUCGCGUCGUCUCGUUGGCUAAGUUACAGUUGGUCGGCAUCACGUGCAUGUUCGUCGCAGCCAAGGUGGAGGAGAUUGUUGCGCCUAGCGCGACCAACUUUCUCUACUGUGCAGACUCGUCAUACAGCGAACACGAGAUUCUGCAGGCCGAGCGUUACGUGCUCAAGACCAUCGAAUGGAAUCUGAGCUACCCGAACCCCAUUCACUUCCUGCGUCGUAUAAGCAAAGCGGAUGACUAUAACGUCCAAGUACGCACCAUCGCAAAGUACUUCCUCGAGAUCCAGUGUCUGGAGUGGCGACUCAUCGCCGCGCCACCUUCGCUUCUUGCAGCUGCAGCUAUCUGGUUAGCGCGCAUUGUACUCAACUACGUUGAUUGGACGCCAAACUUGGCGCACUACUCGACGUAUCCCGAGAGUGCGCUCGUCCCUACAGCCAACCUGAUGCUCAAUUACGUGCUCAAACCCGUUCGACACCAGUCAUUUUACAAGAAAUACGCAGCCAAGAAGUUUUUCAAGGCAAGCGUAUUUGUGAGAGAUUGGGCGUUAGCACGCUGGAGGGAGGGCACGACGGUGUCUUUACCUGAUGUGCUCCACGAAGUGAAGGCCCUUGCUCGGGAAAUCCGAGAAAGGGAGGAAGAGGCGGCGGCUCAAGCGGCAGCGGCCGACGCAGUCGCCGUGAAGUACUAA